AUGAACCUUCGCGCUGCAGACAAGCAGCUCCCUGCAGCUCCGGAGGACGACGAACCGUCUGCAUUCUCGAGUCAUGAGGGCGACACCACACCUCGGCAGUCGAGAUACGACGACCUCGCUGACGCUCUCACGCGCGAUCCGCCCAGGCUGUCCUCGCCGACGCCACCGCCUGUGCCGCCCAAGUCGGACCGCGGCCAUGCCUCCAAAAUAAGGGGAGUGUCGAUCGUCGAGCCGUCUGAACUCUCGCACGACAGCACGCACGAGGAUAGCUAUUACGCUCUUGACUACACGGUUUCUGACCCAGGACACGGUUCUAUACCCCCCGCUAGUACGAGCGUACCAAGCCCGGGCCGUGUUCCCCGCAGAAAAACGUACUCUUCGAGACCUGCGCGAUACUCCGCUGGUCCAUAUCACAGCUAUCCUUCCCGCCUCUCGUGGGCGGACAGGGCAAGCCUUCCCAUCUUUCGGCAGUCAUUCGCCUCGGACGGACACCAGAUGGUCUCAAGCCCUACAUCGAUGUCGGCGUUCUCAGAGUCAUUGCCCCAUCCUUCCCACCUCGCGCGGAGGAAGCUCAGGAAGCCCCGUCCUGUGUCUACCCUCUCAUCUCCGCCAUGUAGUCCACCUGCCUCAAGCCCAAGCUCAGGCUCGAGCCUGAACCUCCUCCGGGCGCUCAGCCACAAAAGUGCGCUCGCACCGCGCGACUCGGCGGAGCCUUCGACCGCCUCAUCACCCAGAAAUAGCAUCAACUUCUUCCGCAUUCCCCGCUGCACAACGCAGCCUAGUCGGAGGUCGGCGAGUUUCUUGGAGAGCGACCCCAUGGCGAUGCGGAGGUGGACGCUGGCGAUGGCCGACGUCCCCGACGAGAUCCUCGUACAGGAGCUCGACAAGCUCCGGAAGAAUGCCGUCGCGAAGAAGGCUCGGGGGAAGAGCAGGACGCCAGCUCAGAGCGAGAGCGGACAUACGGCGGAGUCUGGGUGCUCGACAGGCUCGACUUCGCCUUGGAGAUCUGGAGUGCAUUUCCGCCUGGGUGGCGACAGCGACUCCGAAGAAGAGGGCGACGGAGAUGAGGAGGACGAGGCACUCGACGGAUUCGAGAACGAUGCGGACGAGGAGGAAUGGAAGGCGGCACGGAGAGCCCUGCUGUGCUGCAGGGAGCUCGUGAGGACGGAGAGAAGUUACCAGGCGCGCUUGCGGGAGCUGCUGAAUGCACAGAGCUCGCAUCCCUUCUUCUCGCUCCUGCUCUCUUACGUCCCUGCGCUUCUUCAGGCUUCGGAAGCGUUGCUCGUGCGGCUCGUCGAUGACCCGAGUGCAUGGGGCGUGGGCGCGGCGUUCAUCGGCUGUGAAGAGGAGCUCGAGGCGGCUCUCGUUGCGUGGUGCGGCGUCGUCGGCAAUUUCUAUAUCGAUGAUGAGAAGGACAAGCGAGGCCGGAAGAGGCGCAAGUCGGGCGACGAGACGACAAAUGCCCUGGGUCAUGGCGAGCCGCGCACCCUCUCCCCCCGCGGUGCGUCGCAGUCCGGGAUCGCGGGCAUGAUAAAGCCAAGGGUUGCGAAUCGGCGGAUGUCCUUGAUUGACCCGAGCGAGAACGGGAUGUUCACCGCUGCGCUCGGGACCGGGCUCGCGUUCGGCUUGUCGUCGCCGCCCGCGCUGGAGUCGAGGAAGCAUGGGAGCACCGCGAGCUUCGGCAAGGACCAUGGGCCGACGGGGACGCUGACGCGCACGCUCAGUGCGUGGAAGAGGAAGAGCAUGCCAAGCUCGCUGUCGAACCUCCAGACUACAAUGGGCAUGCCCCCGAGCCCGUCGACUGCGCAUGGCCAUAGCAAGGAGAAACUGUGGACUCUGCGGGACCUCGCUAUUCAGCCCACCCAGCGGGUGAUGAGAUACGUUCUGCAGUAUAAAGAUUUAUUGGCACAUACCCCUGUCACGAGUCCGUCGAGAGGACUCGUUGAGCGUGCCCUCGAGAGUGCGAUCCGCAUUGCGAAGAAAUGCGAUCGUGCCCAGGGAAACUCAGCGUUCCUCCGUUAA